AUGUGGGUGGGGUUUGGUUGUGUUGGUUUUGGUGGGGGUGGUUUUGAUUAUGGUAUUGGGUAUAUGGGGUGGGGUUGUUUGGGGGGUUGUAAGGGGGAGGUUGGUGAUGGGAUGGGGGAGGGGGGGUGUGGGAGUGGGGGUAUGUUGUGUUGUGGGGUUGGGUGGGUGAUGGAGGGGGGUUUUGUGAGGAGAUGGGGGGGUGGUGGGGGGGUGGGUUGUGGGGGGGUUUGUUGA